CCAGGCGCCAGGUGAGAGAGCUGGGUUUAUAGCAGCGGCCGGGCUGAGCAGGGCACUGGAGCUGGCCGAGCCACCACCAGCAUGCUCUGCGCCCUGCUUCUCCUGCCCAGCCUCCUGGGGGCUGCUCUGGCCAGCCCCACCCCCGACCCCCAGGGGUGUGCAAAGGGCUCGGCCGUGUGGUGCCAGGACCUGCAGGCGGCGACAAGGUGCGGGGCCGUGGGGUACUGCCGGACGGCUGUCUGGAGCAAGCCCACUGCCAAGUCCUUGCCCUGCGAUGUGUGCCUGGAUGUGAUGACUGCCACCAGCAACGGGCUGGACCCUGACGCCACGGAGACCGACACCCUGGCCUUGGUGACAAAGGCGUGUGAGUGGCUUCCCAGCCAGGAGGCAGCAGCCAAGUGCAGGGAGCUGGUGGAUGCCCACCGCUUGGCCCUCCUGAGCAUGCUUGACGAGGCCCUGGGCAGCGCCCCGGCACAGGUGUGCACCGCGCUCACCCUCUGCCAGCCGCUGCAGAGACACCUGGCCACCCUGCGGCUGCUCUCCAAGGAGGACACAUCAGAGGUGGCGGCGCCACUCAUGGCCCACAGGCCCCUCGGCUUCCACCCUCCGCAGAUUCCCGGGGGCACCACGUGCCAGGACUGUGUCCAGCUGGUCACCCGACUCCAGGACGCAGUUGGGUCCAACUUGUCCAACUUGGCAGAAGUGACCACGCAGGAGCAGUGUGAGUCCCUGGGGCCUGGCUUCACUCUCCUUUGCAAGAACUACAUCCACCAUUUUUUUGCCCCAGCUGAACAAACACUGAGGCUCGUAGUGCCGAAGGAGAUCUGUGGGAAGGGGGGCUUCUGUGAGGGGCUAGAGGGGCAGGCCCACCUGGCUGCUGUGGCCGGGGUCCCUUCCCUGGAGCCGGUAUCCUCAAGAAGGAAGACUGAGAUGCACAUGAAGGCCGGCCUGACCUGUGAGAUGUGUCAGCAGGUGGUCCAGGAGCUGGAGGGGUGGCUGGAAUCCAACAAAACAGAGGUCCUCAUCACCCAUGCCCUGGAGCGCGGCUGCACCAAGAUGCCCACGUCCAUCAUCCAGGAGUGCAUCACCUUGGUGGAUGCCUACAGCCCCUCCUUGGUGCAGCUCCUGACCAAAGUCACCCCAGAAAGGGUGUGCAAGGCCAUCGGUCUGUGCAGUGGCCAGAGGCGGGCCCGGGCAGUCGACGAGGCCUAUGCAAACACGCUGCCCCCAAUACCGAGCAGGGAAAACCAGGGCAUCUUCUGCAAUGGAUGCAAGAGGCUGUUUGCCGUGUCCGCUCGCAACCUGAGGCUCAAGAGCACGGAGCGCAGCAUCCUGAGGCUCUUCAGGAGCGGCUGCGGCAUCCUGCCGCUGCCCUACAUGGUGCAGUGCAACCGCUUUGUGGCUGAGUACCAGCCCGUGCUCACUGACAGCCUCAGGGACAUAAUGGACCCUGUGGCCCUGUGCACGAAGAUGGGUGCCUGCCACGCCCCCAAGGUCCUGCUGCUGGGCACUGACCAGUGUGCCAUGGGCCCGGGCUUCUGGUGCAUGAAUCAGGAAACGGCUGAGAUGUGCAAUGCUGUGGAACACUGCCGGCACCACGUGUGGAAAGAGACGCCCUCCCACGCCAGUCAGCAUGCGUGAUCAUGGCCUCCAAAGAUCCAGGGCCUGCUAGUGCCACCCAGGAGGGCUCCUUAUCUGCCUGAAUCCCACAGGGGCCCUACGAGGUGGGUGCUGUCCCCAACCCCAUUUCACAGGAGAAACCAAGGCUCUGGGCGGGGAGGCUGGGAAGGAGCAGGGCUGAAAUUCUGAGCCUGCAGAGCAUCUAACAGCGACGGCAUAUGGCUUUGCCCUUGCAAGUGUCUGCAGUGGGCCGGACCAAGCUGCGUGGGGUGCCCUCCCCGGCUGACUGGCCCUGGUCUCCGUUGCUGCAGUGUACUGUGUACUGUGUACUGUGCAGUGUUCUGGUGCCCCUCUACACCUUGCUGAUGAACACCCGGGCUGAGCUGUGGUGGCAGGGCAGAGAGAGUGGGAGGGAUCACGUGGAGUGGGGCCCCAUCCCUCUUGCCCAACAGCUUGGGCAGGGACGGGUUCUCAUCCACAGCCACACUCUUGAGCGAGCCAGACUUCCUCACCCUGGGCUCCUCGGGUGGCCCCAAGGUGCUCAUCAGGUGCGAGUGCCCGGGUACCUUCCUGGGGAGGAGGCUGGGGCCUUGGCCACAUCUCCAAGGGGCAUUUGGGCUUCAGAGCAGCCCGUCCGAUGCCUCUGCCCACCACGGGGACCCUCUGCUUGUGCCCCAGGUGCUCAGGGCCCUGCUGACGGAAAGCCUGUUUUAUGCUCUAAAUGAGGAGAGAAAAACAUGUCCGGUGAGAGCCCAGGGGGAGAGCCAGGGGUCUGCAGUGGCUUUGAGGGGCUGUGGAGCAGUGGGCACACAAGCCAUGGUGGGUAAGUCCCUGCACCUGCCAGAGCCUUAGUUUUCUAAUCUGUGCGCUGGGAGUGGUCACUCCUGCCUCCUGGGAAUGUUGACGCAAUUCAGGGAGAUGUCACCAAGCUUCUCCCCACAAGAGACCAGCAUCUGCCAGUCCGCUGGGACCAACAGAACCCAGCUCGGAGCCCCAGAAGAACCUGGCUGUGCAAGGACUGAAUAAACUGCUAGCAUCCUGUGAAAA